AUGGUUAAGAUCUCAUUUUUCUUAUUCAUAAUAUCGGGCGGCAGCUGCAGUGCCUUGAGUCUCUGCGCAGGCCGAUAUUAUUGUCCCUGGACGGGGCCGGCACAAAGAGCAUCAGAGCCCAAGGAGGAUGCACACGUGGCCACCAUAGAACUGCCGAAGCAGCAGGUGCACUUUUCCAGGUUACCAGAUACAGAUAAGAUUACCCGAGAGGAUCCUUCGCAUAGUGAAACAUUCUCUUCACUGGACACAGUCUCCGACAGGCACCAAACCAACGUGCUACAUGACCUUGACGAGGAGACUGCUCGCCAUGAGCGCACCUGGGCUUCGAGGCAUGUCAUUGUAUCUUUCAGCUAUGUGAAUUGCGCCAUACUAACUGGCUUGAACAGAGGAAAUGGAUGGAAUGCUCGAGUGGAAUUAAAGCUAAGUCCAGGGAGCCGGGCGAUGUCCAGUCUGGACUGGGUUACUAGAUGGGAGAAAGCAAUAGACUGCCUUUCGUCAAAGGAGCUUGAAAAUGUGGAUAUGUAUGAAAUGGAUGAGCUUGCCCUUGCAGCUUUCUGGGACCGGGUGUGGGGAUGCUAUGUACCAUAUGCAGGUGGACGUGACGAAUGA